AUGCUUCCGGGCGCAAGCAUGCUUUCGGGCGCAAGCAUGCUUUCGGGCGCAAGCAUGCUUUCGGACGCAAGCAUGCGUUCGGGCGCAAGCAUGUGUCCGGACGCAAGCAUGCUUGCGGGCGCAAGCAUGCUUUCGGGCGCAAGCAUGCUUUCGGACGCAAGCAUGCGUUCGGGCGCAAGCAUGUGUCCGGACGCAAGCAUGCUUCCGGACGCAAGCAUGCGUCGUGGCGCAAGAAUGCUUCCGGACGCAAGCAUGCUUUCGGGCGCAAGCAUGCUUCCGGACGCAAGCAUGCGUUCGGGCGCAAGCAUGCGUCCGGACGCAAGCAUGCUUCCGGACGCAAGCAUGCGUCCGGGCGCAAGCAUGCUUCCGGACGCAAGCAUGCUUUCGGGCGCAAGCAUGCUUACGGACGCAAGCAUGCUUUCGGACGCAAGCAUGCUUCCGGACGCAAGCAUGCUUCCGGACGCAAGCAUGCUUUCGGGCGCAAGCAUGCUUCCGGACGCAAGCAUGCGUCCGGGCGCAAGCAUGCUUCCGGACGCAAGCAUGCUUUCGGGCGCAAGCAUGCUUCCGGACGCAAGCAUGCGUCCGGGCGCAAGCAUGCUUCCGGACGCAAGCAUGCUUUCGGGCGCAAGCAUGCUUCCGAACGCAAGCAUGCUUUCGGACGCAAGCAUGCUUCCGGACGCAAGCAUGCUUCCGGACGCAAGCAUGCGUCCGGGCGCAAGCAUGCUUCCGGACGCAAGCAUGCUUUCGGACGCAAGCAUGCUUCCGGACGCAAGCAUGCUUCCGGACGCAAGCAUGCUUUCGGGCGCAAGCAUGCUUCCGGACGCAAGCAUGCGUCCGGACGCAAGCAUGCUUACGGACGCAAGCUUGCUUCCUGACGCAAGCAUGCUUCCGAACGCAAGCAUGCUUCCGGGCGCAAGCAUGCUUCCGGGCGCAAGCAUGCUUCCGGGCGCAAGCAUGCUUCCGGACGCAAGCAUGCGUCCGGGCGCAAGCAUGCUUCCGGACGCAAGCAUGCUUUCGGGCGCAAGCAUGCUUACGGACGCAAGCAUGCUUUCGGACGCAAGCAUGCUUCCGGACGCAAGCAUGCUUCCGGACGCAAGCAUGCGUCCGGGCGCAAGCAUGCUUCCGGACGCAAGCAUGCUUUCGGGCGCAAGCAUGCUUCCGGACGCAAGCAUGCUUUCGGACGCAAGCAUGCUUCCGGACGCAAGCAUGCUUCCGGACGCAAGCAUGCUUUCGGGCGCAAGCAUGCUUCCGGACGCAAGCAUGCGUCCGGACGCAAGCAUGCUUCCGGACGCAAGCAUGCUUCCGGACGCAAGCAUGCUUCCGGGCGCAAGCAUGCUUCCGGGCGCAAGCAUGCUUCCGGGCGCAAGCAUGCUUCCGGACGCAAGCAUGCGUCCGGGCGCAAGCAUGCUUCCGAACGCAAGCAUGCUUUCGGGCGCAAGCAUGCUUCCGGACGCAAGCAUGCUUUCGGACGCAAGCAUGCUUCCGGACGCAAGCAUGCUUUCGGACGCAAGCAUGCUUUCGGACGCAAGCAUGCUUCCGGACGCAAGCAUGCUUUCGGACGCAAGCAUGCUUCCGGACGCAAGCAUGCUUUCGGACGCAAGCAUGCUUUCGGACGCAAGCAUGCGUCCGGGCGCAAGCAUGCUUCCGGACGCAAGCAUGCUUUCGGGCGCAAGCAUGCUUCCGGACGCAAGCAUGCUUUCGGACGCAAGCAUGCUUCCGGACGCAAGCAUGCUUCCGGACGCAAGCAUGCGUCCGGGCGCAAGCAUGCUUCCGGACGAAAGCAUGCUUUCGGGCGCAAGCAUGCUUCCGGACGCAAGCAUGCUUUCGGACGCAAGCAUGCUUCCGGACGCAAGCAUGCUUCCGGACGCAAGCAUGCUUUCGGGCGCAAGCAUGCUUCCGGACGCAAGCAUGCGUCCGGACGCAAGCAUGCUUCCGGACGCAAGCAUGCUUCUGGACGCAAGCAUGCUUCCGGACGCAAGCAUGCUUCCGGACGCAAGCAUGCUUCCGGGCGCAAGCAUGCUUCCGGGCGCAAGCAUGCUUCCGGACGCAAGCAUCCUUCCGGCAGUGAGCAUGCUUUCGGACGCAAGCAUGCUUCCGGGCGCAAGCAUGGGUCCGGACGCAAGCAUGCUUCCGGACGCAAGCAUGCUUCCGAACGCAAGCAUGCUUUCGGGCGCAAGCAUGCUUUCGAACGCAAGCAUGCUUUCGGGCGCAAGCAUGCUUCCGGACGCAAGAAUGCUUUCGGACGCAAGCAUGCUUUCGGACGCAAGCAUGCUUCCGGACGCAAGCAUGCUUUCGGACGCAAGCAUGCUUCCGGACGCAAGCAUGCUUUCGGACGCAAGCAUGCUUUCGGACGCAAGCAUGCGUCCGGGCGCAAGCAUGCUUCCGGACGCAAGCAUGCUUUCGGGCGCAAGCAUGCUUCCGGACGCAAGCAUGCUUUCGGACGCAAGCAUGCUUCCGGACGCAAGCAUGCUUCCGGACGCAAGCAUGCGUCCGGGCGCAAGCAUGCUUCCGGACGAAAGCAUGCUUUCGGGCGCAAGCAUGCUUCCGGACGCAAGCAUGCUUUCGGACGCAAGCAUGCUUCCGGACGCAAGCAUGCUUCCGGACGCAAGCAUGCUUUCGGGCGCAAGCAUGCUUCCGGACGCAAGCAUGCGUCCGGACGCAAGCAUGCUUCCGGACGCAAGCAUGCUUCUGGACGCAAGCAUGCUUCCGGACGCAAGCAUGCUUCCGGACGCAAGCAUGCUUCCGGGCGCAAGCAUGCUUCCGGGCGCAAGCAUGCUUCCGGACGCAAGCAUCCUUCCGGCAGUGAGCAUGCUUUCGGACGCAAGCAUGCUUCCGGGCGCAAGCAUGGGUCCGGACGCAAGCAUGCUUCCGGACGCAAGCAUGCUUCCGAACGCAAGCAUGCUUCCGGACGCAAGCAUGCUUUCGAACGCAAGCAUGCUUUCGGGCGCAAGCAUGCUUCCGGACGCAAGCAUGCUUUCGGACGCAAGCAUGCUUCCGGACGCAAGCAUGCUUUCGGACGCAAGCAUGCUUUCGGACGCAAGCAUGCGUCCGGGCGCAAGCAUGCUUCCGGACGCAAGCAUGCUUUCGGGCGCAAGCAUGCUUCCGGACGCAAGCAUGCUUUCGGACGCAAGCAUGCUUCCGGACGCAAGCAUGCUUCCGGACGCAAGCAUGCGUCCGGGCGCAAGCAUGCUUCCGGACGAAAGCAUGCUUUCGGGCGCAAGCAUGCUUCCGGACGCAAGCAUGCUUUCGGACGCAAGCAUGCUUCCGGACGCAAGCAUGCUUCCGGACGCAAGCAUGCUUUCGGGCGCAAGCAUGCUUCCGGACGCAAGCAUGCGUCCGGACGCAAGCAUGCUUCCGGACGCAAGCAUGCUUCUGGACGCAAGCAUGCUUCCGGACGCAAGCAUGCUUCCGGACGCAAGCAUGCUUCCGGGCGCAAGCAUGCUUCCGGGCGCAAGCAUGCUUCCGGACGCAAGCAUCCUUCCGGCAGACGCAAGCAUGCUUCCGGACGCAAGCAUGCUUACGGACGCAAGCAUGCUUUCGGGCGCAAGCAUGCUUUCGGACGCAAGCAUGCUUUCGGACGCAAGCAUGCGUCCGGACGCAAGCAUGCUUCCGGACGCAAGCAUGCUUUCGGGCGCAAGCAUGCUUCCGGACGCAAGCAUGCUUCCGGACGCAAGCAUGCGUCCGGGCGCAAGCAUGCGUUCGGGCGCAAGCAUGCUUCCGGACGCAAGCAUGCUUUCGGGCGCAAGCAUGCUUUCGGACGCAAGCAUGCUUCCGGACGCAAGCAUGCUUUCGGGCGCAAGCAUGCUUUCAGACGCAAGCAUGCUUCCGGACGCAAGCAUGCUUCCGGCCGCAAGCAUGCUUUCCGGCGCAAGCAUGCUUCCGGGCGCAAGCAUGUGUCCGGGCGCAAGCAUGCUUCCGGACGCAAGCAUGCUUCCGGGCGCAAGCAUGCUUCCGGGCGCAAGCAUGCUUCCGGACGCAAGCAUGCUUCUGGACGCAAGCAUGCUUCCGGACGCAAGCAUGCUUCCGGACGCAAGCAUGCUUCCGGGCGCAAGCAUGCUUCCGGGCGCAAGCAUGCUUCCGGGCGCAAGCAUGCUUCCGGACGCAAGCAUGCGUCCGGGCGCAAGCAUGCUUCCGAACGCAAGCAUGCUUUCGGGCGCAAGCAUGCUUCCGGACGCAAGCAUGCUUUCGGACGCAAGCAUGCUUCCGGACGCAAGCAUGCUUCCGGACGCAAGCAUGCUUUCGGGCGCAAGCAUGCUUCCGGACGCAAGCAUGCGUCCGGGCGCAAGCAUGCUUCCGGACGCAAGCAUGCUUUCGGGCGCAAGCAUGCUUCCGGACGCAAGCAUUCUUUCGGACGCAAGCAUGCUUCCGGACGCAAGCAUGCUUUCGGACGCAAGCAUGCUUUCGGACGCAAGCAUGCGUCCGGACGCAAGCAUGCUUCCGGACGCAAGCAUGCUUUCGGGCGCAAGCAUGCUUCCGGACGCAAGCAUGCUUCCGGACGCAAGCAUGCGUCCGGGCGCAAGCAUGCGUUCGGGCGCAAGCAUGCUUCCGGACGCAAGCAUGCUUUCGGGCGCAAGCAUGCUUUCGGACGCAAGCAUGCUUCCGGACGCAAGCAUGCUUUCGGGCGCAAGCAUGCUUUCAGACGCAAGCAUGCUUCCGGACGCAAGCAUGCUUCCGGCCGCAAGCAUGCUUUCCGGCGCAAGCAUGCUUCCGGGCGCAAGCAUGUGUCCGGGCGCAAGCAUGCUUCCGGACGCAAGCAUGCUUCCGGGCGCAAGCAUGCUUCCGGGCGCAAGCAUGCUUCCGGACGCAAGCAUGCUUCUGGACGCAAGCAUGCUUCCGGACGCAAGCAUGCUUCCGGACGCAAGCAUGCUUCCGGGCGCAAGCAUGCUUCCGGGCGCAAGCAUGCUUCCGGGCGCAAGCAUGCUUCCGGACGCAAGCAUGCGUCCGGGCGCAAGCAUGCUUCCGAACGCAAGCAUGCUUUCGGGCGCAAGCAUGCUUCCGGACGCAAGCAUGCUUUCGGACGCAAGCAUGCUUCCGGACGCAAGCAUGCUUCCGGACGCAAGCAUGCUUUCAGGCGCAAGCAUGCUUCCGGACGCAAGCAUGCGUCCGGACGCAAGCAUGCUUCCGGACGCAAGCAUGCUUCUGGACGCAAGCAUGCUUCCGGACGCAAGCAUGCUUCCGGACGCAAGCAUGCUUCCGGGCGCAAGCAUGCUUCCGGGCGCAAGCAUGCUUCCGGACGCAAGCAUGCUUCUGGACGCAAGCAUGCUUCCGGACGCAAGCAUGCUUCCGGACGCAAGCAUGCUUCCGGGCGCAAGCAUGCUUCCGGGCGCAAGCAUGGGUCCGGACGCAAGCAUGCUUCCGGACGCAAGCAUGCUUCCGGACGCAAGCAUGCUUUCGGACGCAAGCAUGCUUCCGGACGCAAGCAUGCUCUCAGACGCAAGCAUGCAUCCGGACGAAAGCAUGCUUCCGGACGCAAGCAUGCUUUCGGGCGCAAGCAUGCUUUCGGACGCAAGCAUGCUUCCGGACGCAAGCAUGCUUCCGGACGCAAGCAUGCUUUCGGGCGCAAGCAUGCUUUCGGACGCAAGCAUGCUUUCGGACGCAAGCAUGCGUCCGGACGCAAGCAUGCUUCCGGACGCAAGCAUGCUUUCGGGCGCAAGCAUGCUUCCGGACGCAAGCAUGCUUCCGGACGCAAGCAUGCGUCCGGGCGCAAGCAUGCGUUCGGGCGCAAGCAUGCUUCCGGACGCAAGCAUGCUUUCGGGCGCAAGCAUGCUUUCGGACGCAAGCAUGCUUCCGGACGCAAGCAUGCUUUCGGGCGCAAGCAUGCUUUCGGACGCAAGCAUGCUUCCGGACGCAAGCAUGCUUCCGGCCGCAAGCAUGCUUUCCGGCGCAAGCAUGUUUCCGGGCGCAAGCAUGUGUCCGGGCGCAAGCAUGCUUCCGGACGCAAGCAUGCUUCCGGGCGCAAGCAUGCUUCCGGGCGCAAGCAUGCUUCCGGACGCAAGCAUGCUUUCGGGCGCAAGCAUGCUUCCGGACGCAAGCAUGCUUCCGGGCGCAAGCAUGCUUUCGGACGCAAGCAUGCUUUCGGAUGCAAGCAUGCUUCCGGACUCAAGCAUGCUUUCGGACCCAAGCAUGCUUUCGGGCGCAAGCAUGCUUUCGGAUGCAAGCAUGCUUCCGGACGCAAGCAUGCUUUCGGGCGCAAGCAUGCUUUCGGGCGCAAGCAUGCUUACGGGCGCAAGCAUGCGUCCGGGCGCAAGCAUGCUUCCGGGCGCAAGCAUGCGUCCGGACGCAAGCAUGCUUCCGGCAGUGAGCAUGCUUUCAGACGCAAGCAUGCUUCCGGGCGCAAGCAUGCGUCUGGGCGCAAGCAUGCUUACGGGCGCAAGCAUGCUUCCGGAAGUGAGCAUGCUUUCGGACGCAAGCAUGCUUCCGGGCGCAAGCAUGGGUCCGGACGCAAGCAUGCUUCCGGACGCAAGCAUGCGUCCGGGCGCAAGCAUGCUUCCGGACGCAAGCAUGCUUCUGGACGCAAGCAUGCUUUCGGACGCAAGCAUGCUUACGGAUGCAAGCAUGCUUUCGGACGCAAGCAUGCGUCUGGACGAAAGCAUGCUUCCGGACCCAAGCAUGCUUCCGGACGCAAGCAUGCGUCCGGACGCAAGCAUGCUUUCGGGCGCAAGCAUGCUUUCGGACGCAAGCAUGCUUCCGGGCGCAAGCAUGCUUUAG